GUUGCUUUGAUGGUCCGUGACGAUCAUGAUUCAUGAUGUUAAAACAACUAAUUAAUCACAGAAAUUCAAAGUUCAAUAUUGACCCUGCUGGUAUUUUUACUCACAAGCAACGAUGCUUGGAAGUCCAGACGGCUUUGACAAGAUCCAUAUCCUAACACAAGUUGGCUUUCUGCUUCAGUGUAGUAUGGAUUAUGGAAGACACUUCCCAGCUGUAGAAGAUCUGAAAGGCUUCUGCUACUGGCCUAAACCUAAAUUGAUUGAUGCAGUGAAACAGAACAGACCAUGCAGGAGCCAAAAGAUCUUUCAUUUUCAUUCUCAGGGGAAAAAAAAUGUGACAAAGAUUGAACCUUUUUUCAUGGGUUUUUUUUUUAAUUAUUAUUUUGAGGAUACUUUGAUAUAUUUCUAUAAUAAUUCCUUAAUAAACUUACGAAAACAAAUUCCUUAAUGAAUUCUUGAAUUUUGUUUUAUUGUAGUUUAUAUACAUGGUUCUUCAGUACCACUUACCUAAACAACUUAUAAGGUAGCUUACCACAUGCCUAAACAACUUAUAAGGUAGCUUAUAGAUACUGUUUUACAAUUGUUGAACUAAAUAGUACCUAAAAAUGUGUUUACUUUUACUUAAAAUUUUCCUUGAAUCCGUCAAAGAGAGAUUAAGUUAGUUGUUAUUUGUUUUCAUUGUGAAUGUAUUUAAAAAGUUUUGGAUCAGUCUUCCAAUCCACUUGACUUAGACAUCAGUUAUCUGCCACUGA